AUGGGACAAGUAUUUGGGCGCGUGCUGGCGAAGCUGUGGGGCGGCGACAAGGAGAUCAGGAUUCUGAUUCUUGGACUCGAUGGUGCGGGAAAGACUACGAUUUUGUACCGGUUGCAGAUCGGAGAGGUUAUAACUACUGUUCCGACUAUCGGAUUCAAUGUCGAGACCCUGACAUACAAGAACUUGAAGUUUAAUGUUUGGGAUCUUGGUGGGCAAACCAGUAUACGACCGUAUUGGCGAUGCUACUAUGCCAACACUGCGGCUGUCAUUUUUGUUGUGGACGCGACGGAUAGAGAGCGCAUCAACACGAGCAAAGAGGAAUUGAAGGAGAUGCUGAACGAGGAAGAGUUAGCUGAUUCGGCACUGUUGGUGUUUGCGAAUAAACAGGAUCAGCCGGGAGCGAUGACAGCGCCGGAGGUGAGCGAGGCCUUAGGGUUGGUGGGGAUGAAAGAUCGGAGUUGGAGCAUUGUGGCCUGCAGCGCGAUCGAAGGCGAGGGUUUGACUGAGGGACUUGACUGGCUGGUUGAGGUGAUUAAGGAGGAACAGAUGUGA